AUGCUUGAACCUUCAAGACGAAGUUAUCUGGCCUGGCUCAACUGUACAUUUAUAUAUGGCAGAAUUCCCCUCCUACACGCCAUCAUCUUCUUCAUUGAGCUCCUCAUGGCCGCUCGACUCGUUGCAAAGUUCAACUCUUAUUAUGCCCAGAAACCCGUCUUAACCACUAUGGUUACCAACGCUGUUCUCGGAGGGAUUGCCGAUACCGUGGCUCAAUCAAUCACCGCUUUUCGUGCCCGACAGGCCCUCCUACCCGCCAACGAUGAUUCGAGGUCCUGGAUAUCCUCUGGCGUUGAGUUAGAAGAUCUCAACGAAAAGCCUGCCAGGCUGUCUCCCACCCUGUCUCCUCGAUCCGUCGGACCACAACCAUUCGACUUUGAACGCCUGACCAGAUUCAUGUCUUACGGCUUUCUGAUGGCUCCAGUCCAAUUCGUAUGGUUCGGCCGCCUGACCAAAUGGUUUCCCUUAACCUCCAAGAGCGCCACCAUUCCUGCCCUGAAGAGAGUCGCUAUGGACCAAUUGAUAUUCGCCCCCAUCGGUCUCUCAUGCUUCUUCACCUUUAUGACUGUCGCAGAAGGAGGUGGACGAAGAGACGUCAUAAGGAAAUUUAAAGAUGUCUAUCUUCCAACCUUGAGGGCCAACUACAUCCUCUGGCCUGCCGUUCAGAUCCUCAACUUCCGCGUCAUGCCACUCCAAUUCCAGAUCCCUUUUGUGAGUACUGUUGGAAUUGCAUGGACGGCUUACCUGAGCUUGACCAACUCUAGCGAAGAGGACUCAUUCGAGGAGUCCUGA